AUGAAACCUUUAAUGCUACAAGGGCAUGAACGUGCUAUCACGCAGAUAAAGUAUAACCGCGAAGGUGAUUUGCUAUUUUCUGCUGCAAAAGAUUCUAAGCCCAACGUUUGGUGGUCUUUGAACGGUGAACGUUUGGGUACUUUCAAUGGCCACGGUGGUGUAGUUUGGUGCCUCGAUGUAGACUGGCAAACUAUUAAUCUUAUUACUGGUGGUGGUGACAGUUCCUGCAGGCUAUGGGAUUUAGAGACUGGUAAAAAUAUAGCAACAAUAAAAACAAAUUCUUCUGUAAGAACUUGUAACUUCAGUUUUAGUGCAUACCAAGCUGCUUACACAACUGACAAAGCUAUGGGUCAUCCCUGUGAGGUCUUCGUAAUUGAUACAAGAACUGUUGAUGAUUCUAUCUCCAGUCAGUCACCAAUAUUGAAAUGGGAAAUAACAGAUUCAAAAGUUACAUCUAUGUUAUGGGGCACUUUAGAUGAGACCCUUAUUACUGGUCACGAAGCAGGGGACUUGAUCCAAUGGGACCUCAGGACUGGCAAGAAAGUACAUUCAAUAAAGGAGCAUACUCAUCAAAUCAAUGACAUGCAACUCUCUCGUGAUGGCACUAUGUUUAUUACCGCCUCUAAGGAUCAGACUGCUAAGCUGUUUGACACCAGCUCCCUAGAACUGUUAAAAGAAUACAAAACUGAGCGUCCAGUUAAUUCAGCUGCACUAAGCCCCAUACUUGAUCAUGUAGUGCUAGGAGGUGGUCAAGAUGCUAUGGAAGUAACAACAACAUCAACAAGGCAGGGUAAAUUUGAUGCUCGAUUCUUCCAUUUGGUGUUUGAAGAAGAAUUUGGUCGUGUAAAAGGUCACUUUGGCCCCAUUAACAGUUUGGCUUUCCACCCUGAUGGGAAAAGUUAUGCAUCUGGUGGUGAGGAUGGUUACGUUCGUGUCCAGAGUUUUGACCAAUCUUACUUUGAUUAUACAUUUGAUUACAACAGAGAA